AUGGGCAGCGGAGCGUCGGUCACUGAGGAACCCCAGCCAGAGAGGCUGAGAGGGGGGGGAAGGGAAGCUUCUUCACCUCAAGGACAGCAGAGCAAUGACACCCUGCAGGCAGAUGUGAAGUCAGUGAAUCCCGACAGCCACACUGUGGACAUUCAGUCUUUAACGAGCGAGGAGACCGAAGAGAAGGAAGAAGAGGCAGCGAUGCCACCUAUCUCCAAACCCAAGACCUCCAACCAGCCCACCUCCAACCAACCCAACUCCAACCCCAACACCUCCAACCAGCCCACCUCCAACUCCAACACCUCCAACCAGCCCACCUCCAACCCUAACACUUCAAACCAGAUCAUCUCCAACCCGCCCAUCACUGAAGGAGCAUCAGAGGGUGAAGAAGUGUCUCUGAACUUUGAGAGUUUCCUCCACAACGAUGGGAUUCUCUACAGCUGCUUCUGCCAUCAUGGAAACAGAGUUUAUGUUGACGAGUCUCAGAACCUGCAGCCCUUUCCAAAGGAGUGGUACAACCAGGGUCGCUUCCUCUCCACCAACAGCGAGGCUUCUGAUCAGCUGCAGACUCCAGCCAGCAGCCACUCAGCUGUGAGGGAGGACGACCGAACUGGCAGCAUCUACAUCCAGGGCAAAGGAGCGGUCACCACCUACAUGUUUGAGGAAAGAGUGAAUAUUUGCAGGUUCUGGGAUCCUCAGUCGGGCGUCUGGCUGCUGCUGCCGCUGCAGUGGGAGAUGAACGUGGAGUUUGUCCAAGCUCGAGUCCAGCAGGUCAUGAGUGCUUUACCAGGCCUGCUGGACCAGAAGGAGAUCACAGCGGCUCUCAGACAAUGUAACUACGAUGCUGAGGAGGUCAUCUCCGUCUACCUCACCAUGUUUGGAGAGAUCCUGCUCCAGGCUCCUCCCAGUGGAGAUCACAGCUACACCGACCUCAACUCCUUCAGGGCGCUCUUGGAGAGGGACCGUGCCAUCGGGGAUCUGAUGGAGAAGCUCCAGGUCAAAGAGAAAGAGGCGGACGUCCUCCUCCAGAAGAACAGCUACCUGGUGGGGGAGGUCCGCUACCUGACCGACGCCGUCCAGCACCUCAACCAGAGGGCGGCGGAGCUGGAGGCCGACCGGCAGCAGGCCAGAGAGAAGAUCAGGUCCCUCCUCAACCGCCGGGUCCCCGCCGUCCCCCCGGCCAAGACCGUCGCCAAGCCCAGUCCGGACCCCGCCCAGCUCCUCCAGCUGGGCCGCCUGACCCGAGCACUCAACGUCUCCAGCAAGAAGCUCCGGGCCACGGUUCAGCAGGCGCUGGCCGACAUGAGGAAGCAGCUGGAGCAGCUGAAGGGCUCCGUGGGGGAGCUGGCCCGGGUGGAGCGGGAGGGGGCGGCCGAGGUGGAGGAGCUGCGGUCGCUCUACAGGAGGGAGGCGGCGGAAAGGAAGAGCCUGCACAACAAAGUGCUGGAGCUGCAGGGGAACAUCCGGGUGUUCUGCCGCUGCAGGAGGAGCGACAGAGCCUCCAGCUGUCUGGAGACCGCCGGCGACCAGGAAGUGGUGCUGGUUCAGAAAGGAAGUAAAAAAAAGUUCCAGUUUGACAAAGUCUUCACUCCCAGCAGCUCUCAGGAGGAGGUGUUUUCAGGGAUGCUCCCAGUCAUCACCUCCUGUGUGGACGGAUACAACGUCUGUGUUCUGGCUUAUGGACAAACUGGCUCAGGGAAGACGUACACCAUGAUGGGCAGCAAGGAAAACCCCGGAGUCAACAUCAGGUCUGUACGGGAACUCCUUCACAUCUGUGCGGAAAAGGAGAAGGUGUCCUACACACUGAAGAUGUCCAUGCUGGAGAUUUACAACGAGACCUUGAAGGACCUUCUGACCAAAAGUCCCAACGCUUCACUGGAUAUCCGAGUCCAGGGGAAGUCAGUGGCAGUCCCCGGUCUGACCCAAGUCCAGGUCCAGACCGAGGCCGACAUCCUGGGCGUCAUGGAGAUGGGGGAAAGGAACAGAAAGAUCGCCUCCACCAAGAUGAACACGCAGAGCUCCCGCUCUCACCUGCUGGUGGCGCUGGAGGUGGAGAUCUCAGACAGUGUGUCCGGGCUGACGACUCGCGGGACGCUGACCUUGUGUGACCUUGCUGGAUCGGAACGGAUCUCGAAGACAGAAGCUGAAGGGCAGAGGCUGGUGGAGGCCGCCGCCAUCAACAAGUCACUGACAGCACUGGGACAGGUGUUUGGAGCUCUGAAGUGCAACGCGCUCCACAUCCCCUUCAGAAACUCCAAACUCACUCAUCUCCUGCAGCCCUGCCUCAGUGGGGAUGCCAAAUGUUGUGUGUUUGUCAACGUGAGUCCGGAUGUGAAGGACGUGGUGGAAACUCUCAGCACGCUGCAGUUCGGCUCCACCAUCCGGCAGGUUUCUCUGGGCAGAGCAGCUCAGAACAUCGGACCAGCGAGAGGCGGCAAGACGGCCAAAUGA